AUGAAGCACUUUGUUCCUCAAUUCCCCUCCAUGUUGGCCAUCUAUUGCUUCUGCAUGGUACAGAUUCCCUCUUCAGGAUUUCCUCGACCUCUAGCUGAUCCCCCAGAUGGCUUGGAUAUCAUGCAGCUUGAGCGGCUGGCAUAUUGGGCAGCUCUUUCUAGGCAACCUAAGGAUGAUCAAGACAUACACAAAAGGUUUUUAUUUCACUACUCCAGAACUCAGAAGCCGAUACAUCCAGUUAAAAGUGGGUUUCCUCCCGUGCACCCGUUGAUGCGCAUGGCUGCUCAGCUCGCCAACCGGAAGGUGAAAAAAUUUCUGCAACAGCGCGAUUCAGGGACUGCUGCAGUGGAUUUCACCAAGAAGGAUCACACUGCCACCUGGGGACGACCAUUUUUCCUUUUCAGGCCAAGGAACGGAAGAAACAGUGAAGAUAACACCCAGUAGGACAGUCCGAG